CCAGGAAUCUGUCUCGCAACAGACUUGGUUAUUCAUCCGAUCACUACGAAGUUCUGCGCUUCGUCAGCUUUCAUCACAAUCAUGGCCCUGCUUUAUAAAUAUGGACUGUGUUGUUCAUCUAGUACCUAUCAAUUCUACCGGAGACCCCUACGAUGUCAGCUAAGAUCCCAGCAACUACACGAUCAUACUAUCUCCCGACCCGAGGGUCAUACACCAACCUCGUCUUGCGCACCGUACCCCUUCCCCACCCCAAGACCACGGAAGUCCUUGUGAAAAUCCACGCCGUGUCUCUGCAGUACCGCGAUCUGAUGGUAGCCAUGGACCGGUACCCUACACCCGACUUGAAAGACGAGCUUGUCCCGUGCUCAGAUAUGGCUGGGGAGGUGGUCGCCGUUGGCGCAGACGUGAAGCGCUGGAAGGUGGGUGAUAGAGUCUGCGCUAGUCCGACAACGGAUUUCUUGGAUGGGGACGUUGAUGCAGAUACGAUGCGCAUGAUGCUUGGUGGCCAGCAGCAUGGGGUGUUGACUGAGUACAGGGCUUUCCCGGAUCAUUGCUUGGUUGGGAUAGCGGAACAUUUGUCUUAUGAAGAGGCGUCGACGAUUCCUUGUGCUGCUGUAACGGCGUAUAACGCGCUCAUGGGUCCGAGGCCAGUCAAAGCAGGCGAUACGGUCCUCAUCCUUGGAACUGGCGGCAUAUCCAUCUUCGGAUUGCAAUUCGCCGUCGCCUCCGGUGCAACAGUCAUAGUAACAUCUUCCUCCGACACCAAGCUAGAAAUCGCUAAGAACCUCGGUGCCACCCACACGAUCAACUACAGCACCAUGCCGGACUGGGACAAGGAAGUCCUGAGGCUGACAGGUGGGAGAGGCGUUGAUCAUGUUUUGGAGGUUGGGGGACCGGGAACUCUAUUGAAAUCGAUAUCGGCCGUACGUUACGCGGGGUACGUCCAUCUGAUUGGAUUCAUGUCGCACAACACCGGAGGGCCUGCGGUAGCGAACGUCAUUGGGAUGUGUAUCACCAAGGGUAUCACCCUGCGGGGGAUUCUUGGAGGGUCUGUUGUACAGCAGGAGGCGAUAGUCCGCCUCUUAUGUGCCCGUCCCGAGUCGACGCGUCCGGUGGUUGACAAAGUGUUCGCGUUCAAGGAGGCUGUCGAUGCGUAUGCGUAUUUGGAGACUCAGAAGCAUGUUGGGAAGGUUGUCAUUCGAGUGGAAAAAUAAUUGCUGUACCUGGUGAAUACAAACCGAGCCCUUUGUGGGGCACUAUAGCCAAGUGGUUAAGGCGAUAGAUUAGAAAUCUAUUACUCUCUGAGUGCGCAGGUUCAAAUCCUGCUGGUGUCGGUUUUAAUGUGAGAUAUCGUUUUAUGCCUUGGAAUAAUGCAUAAAGUUGCAAUAGUUCAUACUAGUGUUGCGCGUGAAAACUCCAGGGUGGCUAAUUAGCUGUUUUGUUACUGACCACACCCCAAGGGGGUAGUUUUGCUAUGGUACCGUUACUUACCCUAUCACGUGCAGUAUCACAUGACUGACGCGCCGCGAUUGUUGAAUUUUUCCAAAACCCUUGUCUUCGUGUUUUGUUUUACGUUUUCUUGAUAUAAAGAUGGG